GUAUGAACCACUUUAUAGUUUAUAAUAACUUUAUAUAUCACAGAAGUAGUUAUAUUGAUUAUUGAUAGAUGGUGUUGAAAAGGAGGGAAAUUUUUUUGGGUGAAAUUAGAAGCUGAUAAUAAUACAAGAAAGCGGGAACUGAGACGGGGGGAAAGAGUGAUGUUCCGGCGAAUAAGCUCCAAUGCUCGUGCAACUGUGUCGAUUAUGGCUGCUCUCACACCCAAUUGGGAGAGAUCUCUUCUUUCUGGUCUCAGUCGCCCCAAUUCCUUUAAUGAUGGCUUCCUCAAUUGUUACACAAUGAAAUUAGUGAAACCUUAUGGUGCCCAUAUUGGAUUGGUGCCUUCGCUUAGUAGAAAAAGCUCAGGUUUGAGGUUGGAAGUGCCACGAAACUCCCUAAGAAUAACAUAUCAGCUCACCACCCCUCAAGUCCAAAAUGUUGGAAAAACUGACUUCAGGGAGGACUUUUUUGAACAGAUGAAACAGAGGUUUUUGAAUUUUAAGAAACAUAAAUACUUGGCAGAACUGGAUCAUUUCCGAACUCUAGCUGAUAUUCAAUCACCAAAGUUUAUGGUAAUUGCUUGUGCAGACUCUAGGGUAUGCCCCUCUAACAUUCUUGGAUUUCAACCUGGCGAGGCAUUCAUGAUUCGAAAUGUUGCAAAUUUAGUUCCUCCCCUAGAGAAUGGACCUUCAGAAACUAACGCUGCAGUUGAGUUUGCCGUGAAUACUCUUGAAGUUGAACAUAUAUUAGUCGUCGGCCACAGUAGCUGUGCAGGAAUUCAAGCCCUUAUGAGCAUGGAAGAUGAUGUGGGCUCCAGCUUUGUUGAAAACUGGGUUGUUAAAGGCAAGGUUGCACAGGCAAAAGCAAAGGCCGAUGCAGCCCACCUUAGCUUUGACCAUCAAUGCAGACACUGUGAGAAGGUUUCAAUAAACCAGUCAUUACUAAACUUGUUAACGUACCCGUGGAUAGAAGAAAGGGUCAGGAAAGAAAUGCUAUCCCUUCAUGGAGGUUACUAUGAUUUCCAAAGUUGUACAUUUGAGAAGUGGACACUCGAUUUCAAUGGAAGCAGCACUGAAGAUGGCAGUUUUUCUGUCAAAGACAGAGUAUUUUGGUCUUGAAUCUCUUGGAAUGGCAUCUUUGUCAAUUCCGGACACUGUAGUCAUUCCAUUAGUACAAGUGUAUGGAAUACCUUCUUGUUGUUAUUGUUGUAUAUGGUACAUACCUUAAGAAAUGUAAACAAAUCCCACUGA